AUGUCGACCACACAUUCCACAGCACAAAUGGCCCAAGGAGACACGGUUUCAAGUUUACAGUCGAAGGACAACAACACGCAAGCCGCCAAGGAUGCUGACCUCACCGAGAAGGGCAUCUCGCCAAACCGCCACGAUGUCGAGACCCCGGAUCUCAACGAUACCUCCCAGCCGGACAGCACCGCCGGCAGCGGCGGCGGCGCGGACAAUGACAGGAAAGCCUUCCAGGCUCGCUUCGAGCCCGGCGACCCGGAGAACCCACACAACUUUAGCUCCGCCAAAAAAGUGUCGAUUCUAGUCCAGAUGUCGCUCUUGGCGCUGGUGGGCUCCCUCGGCACCUCCAUCAUCGCCCCGGCCGAGCCCGUCAUCGCGCGCUACACCAACACGAGCACCGAGGUCGCGACUCUUGUGUUGUCACUUUAUGUCCUGGGCUUCGCCGUUGGUCCCCUGCUGUGGGCGCCGGUCAGUGAGGUCUUUGGCCGGCGAUGGUCCAUGCUGCCGCCCGUCUUCGGCCUCGCCCUCUUCAGCGUCGGCACGGCCACGAGCACAAAUGCCGCCAGCAUCUUCGUCACCCGCUUCCUCGCCGCCGUCUUCGGCUCCGCGCCCCAGAGCAACGUCUCCGCCGCUAUGGGUGACUUUUACGGCCCCAAGACUCGCGGCGUCGCCAUGACCUUUUUCGCCGUCUGCGUCGUCGGCGGGCCUACGCUCGCGCCGCUCAUCGGCUCCGCCCUGCUGGUCAACCCCAAGCUGGGCUGGCGAUGGACCGAGUAUAUGCAGGCUAUCAUCUCGUUCGCCGUCGUUGUGAUUUGCAUCUUCUUCCUGCCGGAAACGUACGGCCCGGUGCUGCUGCGACGAAAGGCGGCCCGCCUGCGCAAGGAAACGGGCGAUGACCGGUGGUGGCACCCGCACGAAGAGGAAAAGAUGAACAUGAGCAACAUUGUGACCAAGUAUAUCGUGAGACCGUUAAAUAUGCUUUUCACAGAGCCAGCCGUCACCUGCAUGGCCAUUUACGCAUCAUUUGUGUUCGCACUCAUCUACAUGUUCCUCGAAGUCAUCCCGAUCGUGUACCUCGAAGGCCGCCACUUCAGCCCCGUCGUCUCCACGCUACCGUACCUCGGAAUCUUCAUCGGCGUGCUGUGUGCCGUCUUCGUCAACCUCGCCAACCAGCCGCUAUAUGCCAAGGCCAUGGCCAAGAACAACAACAAGCCCGUUCCGGAGGCGCGGCUGCCGCCCAUUGUCAUCGGCAUCGUGCUCCUCGUCGUGGCAUUUGUUGGAGCCGGCUUCAACAUUGUGUUCCAGCAGUGCCUCAACUUUCUCGUAGACACGUACGGUAUGUACGCGGCGAGCGCCUUGGCCGCCAACACAUUUCUUCGCUCGCUCCUCGCGUGCGGCCUGCCUCUGGCAGCACGCCCCAUGUUCUCGACGAUGGGUGUCGGGCCAGCGGUUAGUCUGUUGGGCGGGAUAGCGUGUGCAGCGCUGCCGAUUCCGUUCAUCUUUUACAAGUAUGGUGCCAGACUGCGAAAGGCGUCCAAGUUUGCGGCAUUGCGAGACUAG